AUGGCGUCGCUCUUCAGCGGGGCGCUGAAGCUGACGGACCUUGAUGACUUCAUUGGGCCAUCUCAGGACUGCAUCAAACCCAUAAAGGUGGACAAGAGACCUGGGAGCAGUGUGGCCAAGAUCCACAUUGAGGAUGACGGAAGCUACAUCCAAGUGAGUCAGGAUGGGGGAACGAGGAAGCUGGAGAGAGCAAAGAUCUCACUGAAUGAUUGCCUGGCCUGCAGUGGUUGCAUCACCUCAGCUGAGAGCGUGCUCAUCACACAGCAGAGCCAUGAGGAGCUCCGGAAGGUUCUCAGAGCCAACAAGGAGGCAGUGUCCAGUCCCCAGAAGCUGGUGGUUGUCUCGGUGUCCCCACAGUCCGUGGCCUCGUUAGCGGCAAGGUUUCAGCUGAAUCCCACAGACACUGCCAAGAAGUUAACUUCCUUCUUCAAAAAGCUAGGUGUACACUAUGUGUUCGACACGGCCUUCUCCCGUAACUUCAGCCUCAUUGAGAGUCAGUGCGAGUUCCUGCAGCGGUUCCGAAGCCAGAAAGAUGGAGGACAGUCCCUGCCCCUGCUGACCUCUGCCUGUCCAGGCUGGAUCUGCUACGCUGAGAAGACCCACGGCCAUGUUGUCCUCCCACACCUCAGCACAGCCCGCUCCCCACAGCAGGUCAUGGGCGCCCUGGUCAAGGACUUCUUUGCCCAGCAGCAGCACCUGCCCCCAGACCGACUCUACCAUGUGACAGUCAUGCCCUGCUACGACAAAAAGCUUGAGGCAUCCAGACCCGAUUUCUUCAACCAGGAGUUCCAGACGCGGGAUGUCGACUGCGUCAUCACCACAGGGGAGGUAUUCAAGCUGCUGGAGGAGGAAGGGGUCUCAUUCCCAGACCUGGAGCCAGCCCCACUGGACGUUCUGUCCAGCUAUGUGUCCACUGAGGAGCACACCAGCCAUCAAGGAGGAGGCUCAGGGGGCUACCUGGAACAUGUGUUCCGGCACGCAGCUCGCGAGCUCUUUGGAAUCCAUGUGGCUGAGAUUACCUAUAAGCCCCUGAGGAACAAGGACUUCCAAGAGGUGACCCUAGAGCGGGACGGACAGGUGCUACUGCAUUUUGCUGCCGCGUACGGCUUCCGCAACAUCCAGAACCUGGUGCAGAAGCUAAAGCGUGGACGCUGCCCAUACCACUAUGUGGAGGUCAUGGCCUGUCCUUCAGGCUGCCUGAAUGGUGGGGGGCAGCUGCGAGCCCCAGAUGCACAGGGCAAAGAACUGCUGCAGCAAGUGGAGCGGCUGUACGCUUCGGUCAGGACUCAAGUACCUGAGGAGGCCCCGGGGGUCCGGGAGCUCUACGAGCACUGGCUGCAGGGCCCAGGCUCUGACAAGGCUGGCCGCCUGCUGCACACGCAGUACCGUGCUGUGGAGAGGGCCAGCUCUGGCUUCAGCAUCAAGUGGUGA